AGGAAGGAACCAUAUGGCUGUCUUUUCUAUUGUUUCCGAGGCGAUAGCAUACAUGUACAGGUCCGAUUACCUAUAGGUACCUAGAGGUGCAUAAGGCAAGAACUACCUCUACAUUAUCCUCUCUGCCUGCACAUAUUCUACCCCAUAUUUUACGAGUCCUUUAGGUAAACAUCUUAUGAGGUUUUGUUUUGACUUUCCCAUCCUUAUCCUCUUACCAACCUUGACAACCUCAGCAGCUCUGUUGUUGAGCAAGUCGAUCCUCCAAACCCACCGUUCUGUAUUGUAUUUUACACUUUGCACGCUUCUACUCGUAACAACCCUCUGAGGUUGUCAUAACCUAGCUCUUACAACUUGACGGAGUUAAUUGGACUUUUUGUUCGUGAUCACUGAAGAGCCCAAAGAAAAGACGAAUUAUACCGUCAAGAUGUUUGGACGUGGAAAUAUAGAGGACGCGAAAGAGCUACAGGCUUCUUUCACGCGCGCAAAAUCACCUCGGCGCAACAAACGAAGCCAGGACAGGAGAAAUGGAAUCAACGCACGACAGGGAGGUGCCUUAGCGAACCAUCGCCAGCAACAGAACCAAUAUGGUCAAGGUAGUAGUGUCCAGGGGCGCGCUCAACUGGGUUCAAGUUUAAGAAUCCACCCUCGAAAUACGGUACUGCAUCACCCUAUACAAUCAACUCAGGGAAGUAUUUCCCGAACACCUCGCCCUCAUGAAAUGCCUGUGUUCCGCGGCACUGGAGAACCACGAGCUGUUCCCACAGAGGGUAUAUCCCCUUUACAAGGACCCUCUGCCUCACAAAAUGUAGCUCUUACGAUUUCCACUCUGCAAGAGACAUGGCAGAAAAGCAUUACCUCCUCUAAUGAAGAGGGAAGCACCACAUCGAAGCCUCUUAAAGGCGAACUCACGGGGGAUUUGACUCAACCACAAGUACAAACAGCCAACAGCCCUCCUCCGCCGCAAUUUUGUAGACAAAUAUUUGGCCCACAGAGUGUAGGCGACCACUUCCAGACCGCUCAAGCCUUGACCCAAUCUCCCGAUCAGCUACAAUUUGCCUAUCCAUCUCAACCCAAUAAUAAUUUGGUGGACCCUGCUUUGGCAUACAGCUCCGAUGCUUCUACCUUAGUCUCUCAACGAGCCGUUUCGCACCAUUACUCAGAAUCUAUACAAUCCGAGACAUCGCUCCUUGAUGAAGAGGGUGAGCCGAUUAGCCAAGACGUGAUGCAAUUCACUACUAGGAACGAGGCUCACCAGGAUGAUGAUGUGGCCAUGGGUGGCGUGGAGACAAGAAGCAACGUCAGAGUAGGCCUCAAGGCUUCACGAUGGAACCCUGACAACCCUGAUCAUUAUCCUGAGAAACAUUUUCCUGAGCCCAUGCAUGUUGAUCCGCCAACUCAGGAAAGACGCGGUCCUUCCGUUCCAACCGGCAAAACUGUGGUCAGUGGUAUCUCCAAAGGACCCGGUCUCGCAGAUUCUCGCUGGGCUUCGUAAAGUCGACUAAGAUAGUCGCUACACCGAACCUCAAGUCUCUAUUGUGGUUGUACCCAUGUUGUUACCAGCCUCAUUUCAUCUAGGACUGUCAACUAGAGUACCUCGAGUAUUCAGUACUUCUGUUCAUCUUUAUGCGUAUGUGAAAGCUCAUCUUCGGAUUAAUUCAGAACAUCGACCAUACGGGCUUAACGAUAACGACGAUAUGUAAUUUUACGCCCCUAAAUGUACGACCACCCCCCUCGACUACAUACUUACCUACCUAGGUAUUAAUGUUUUAUCAACCGCCACUGUGAGAUCCCAGGUAACGAGGAACGAACGCCUAUAGGCCAACCCCGGCGAAUCCUCCGACGUGUCACUUAAGGCUGUAACCCCUAUUCUGUAAAUGCGGGGAUACGAUCAUGGAAUAUCAGUUUCUUUUGUAUCGACUUCACUUAACGUAUUUUCUGCUAAGUUAGUAGCAGGUAGCUCUCUCUACGAAGCUAGUCGUGUUGUUUUAUUUUCACGCUGUCACGCAGAUCAUGACCUCGUGUAGUUUAGUCUUUCGUUUGUGUUGUUCGUAUUCAUGUGUGGUACUAAUUAGGGGCUUGGGAGCACACAGUAGACUUCGAGAUGUCUACAUCUAUUAUAUCACGCCUUAGCUCGGCGGUCUUGUACACAGAGGAUUAAUAAUAUGUCAUGAGC